AUGUUUUGUCGAUUUUUGGAUUGUGAACGGAAGGAAAUUGGGGAGCCGUAUGAGAGUGAGGUUUUUCCGGAAGCUGUGAUUUUUUGUCCGAGGAGAAAAGGAGUUAGGUAUAUUUCGGUGACGAGGAAAUUGGAUGAGCAAGUUGGGGAGAGUGUGGAAUUGAGGAGGAGGGAUUUUGAAGGUAGGAGUGAAAAUAUUGAUUUUCGGGAAUUUUUUGAGGUUUAAGAGAUCUAGAGCUUCAAUUUGACACCAAAUUAGUCUAUGUUUCCUGGGAAAGAAUUUUCAGAGGAAAAAAAUUAAACACAUCUUGAAAUAGUUUUGUUUAAUUUUUGGACACUAUUUGUCCAUAUAUAAAUGAAAAUCUUCAUUUUUCACGCAAAAAAUCAGAGAUUUCAUCAAAAUUCACUUGAAAACUUGCGAAAAAACGCGCUCCCUCAAUUAAGCCCCGCCCCUCUUGCACACAAACAAUGGCAACACACACAACCCGUUAACCGUCGCCCACAUCACAAAUUUAUAUAUUCGCGUGUUUUGUGUGUUGUAUCGCUUUCGGGCGGUAGCGAAGCUAUAGCCAAUUUUUUUUGAAUGGAAAACAUUUCAAAGUUAGUCGAAACUAAAAAGUUUCAGGUUUCUUGUGUAAAAUCUAACCUCAAAAAUCCAAUUUUGAGACCAAAAACUCAAGUUUCAGAAAUAUUUUCCAGCUCCCCCACACGAAUUCGCUAUCUGCAUUUCUCCAUUAUACGGAACCGAACCAAAAUGGCUGCAAAUCACCGAAUUCAUCGAAAAUCACAAACUUCACGGUGUUUCCUUCUUCUAUUUUUAUAUUUUAUCAAUUUCUUCUUAUGAUCAAAGAAUAUUGAAUAACUAUCAGAAAUCGGGAUUUAUUGAAAUUGUUCCGAUUCAGGAUAAAUUCGAGAGACCAGCUUUGUUAUAUCAGCAAAUUCAGAUACAGGUAAGGGAAAGGGGACGAUUUAGAGAAGGUUUAAAAAAUGUCGCGUGGUCAAGUGGUAUACACGGCUGCAUACCGUUUGCAAAACCAGGGUUCGAUUCCACCCGCCUCCCAACUUUUUUUCGUUUUUCAGGACUGUCACCAACGCUCGAAAAACCACGCAAAAUGGGUAGCAUUUAUUGAUUUAGAUGAGCGACUCGAAGUCUUCGGUAAUUAUCGAUUUUUGGAUGAACUUCGACUUAUCGAAAAUCCAAACAUCGGAGAGAUUCAAAUGCAAGUUCAGCGAAUUUUAAAAACUGGGGAUUAUCCCGAAAAAUAUGAUGGGAAGCUGGAGAACAUCGGGCGAAGUGUUGCUCAUGUUAGAUGGAAAAAUGCGACGCGGGCCACGUGGGAUGCGAUGAAAUUGAUUGUUAGACCGGAGAAGGUUAGGAGAGGAAUCCUCCAUUUGCAAUUUUGAGGCAUAGUUUUUUUUAGAUCGCAAUUCUCUCCGUUCACUACGUUAUUGCAAAAUAUCCCGGUGUCCAAGCUAUCCAACAAAAUCCCGAAAAAGCUCAUUUCCGACACUAUCGCAAUACAAAAUUCCAAGAUUUCGGUGAAAAUUGGGAAAAUGAUUAUGAAAAUUUCUCAAUUUCCCCGUUAAAUCCAAGGUUUUCCAAAGUUUUGACACGAAAAAUAGCCGAAAAAAUCGAUGAAGUUUAUGGAAAAGUGAAAUUUGAUUGUAAAACAAUGGCCGAAUUUUCAUGGAAAGCUCGAAAAAUGAUUGAUCCUUGUUGGAAGUUACCGCAAAUUGUAUGAAUAAUAAACACUUUUUUUUGUUCUUAAAAGACACUCCUUGUAAGACUGCAAAACCCACCGGACAAAGAAAAAGUCAUGAUCUCAGAAUCGGCCCAAUUUUUUUUCUUAGUAAGCCCCAUGGGUGGGGAACUUUUUCCACCAGGUUAGAGAUCAUAAUAUCGUUUCGGCAAUUUGGUGGGACCGGGUGAAGGGGAACAUUGUUUUUCGAAAAUUUAUCGUAAGUAGGGUUAAAAUUCAUAUUUUUCGAUGAUCAAAAAAGCAUUUUGCUCGUCUUUUGACGCUCUUUUCGAUGGAAAAGAGUAUGCAUUUCGAAUAUUUUUUCUAAAAAAAAUUUUUUUUUCGCCCUAUAUAAACAUUGCUCAGGAGUCAUUUCCGCUCUUUCUAACCGGUUCCAAAAUGUUCCUCGUGCCUUUUUACGUAGAUUUGACUACUUUCAAAAAAAUUUUUCGGGGUCCCUCAUCUUCAAAAAAUCACGUUUUUACGGUCAAUUCAUGUUUUUUGCGCGCGCACACACACAAAUUAGCAUAAAAUAAUCGGAUUUUUAUUGUCCGAGAGGUCCUGGUUCGAUUCCUCACCAAUGCGAAUUUUUUUAAAUUUUUUUGUCUUCUGUCUGAAAGUGUCAAAAAAAGUAUAAAUUUGAGUUUCUAAUGUCAAUUAAAAAUUUUUUACAUGAUUUUGACACUCCUGGAUUGCCUAUUUUCACUUAGAACUUCAGAUUAUCACGAACUUUAGAAUAACAUAUUUGUUUUUGGAAUCCGUCAAUAGAACGGUGAAUAUUAUGGAUUUUUAAAUGUUUAGCUGAUAUUUUAAGAAGGUUACUAAACUUAAAUCGAAAGUUGAAUCGGGUUAACACAAAAAAUUCAAUGUUCAUUGUAUCCAAGUGUGAAAUUGAGACUUAUACUAACAAGGAAUAGAUCCCAAUGUGACCCCCUGAAAAAUUUCGGUUGUAUGUUCAAAUAGUGUCUUAUGGGGAGUUAUGAAAAAUCCAAAGGGGAUUUUGUAAGUAAAAAUUUCUUUCAUGAGAAUCCGGCUGUUGAAAUUAUGAAUAUUUUUCAAAAAGUCAAAAAACCUUCUAUUUUUGAAAAUUCGUAACUCAGCUCAAACUCAACGAAAAAACUCGAUCAAAACCGUAUUUUAAAGCUUGAAUUGCGUUCUUUUCGGUUUUUUUAAAGUACAGUUAUCAAACAUUGCAUUUGAUACAUAAAAAAAAAGAAAAAUUUUUAAAUUGAUUUUUUUGAAAAAUCCACGGUGAAAUUUUUUAAAAAUUGACGCCAUUUUUCGAUAAAAAAAUGAUUUUAAUGUUUAUCUUAUUUUUUCAUGUAUCAAAUUGAAAGUUUGAUAACUGUUCCAAAAUAACUGAAAAGAGGGCAAUUCAAGCUUCCAAAUACGGUUUUGAUCGAGUUUUUUUCGUUUAGUUUGAGCUGAAUUACGAAUUUUCAAAAAUAGAAAGUUUUUUGUCUUUAUGAAAUUACUCAUAAUUUCGACCUAGGAAUUCUCAUGAAAGUAAUUUUUACUUACAAAAUUCCUUUCGGUUUUUUCAUAACUCCCCAUAAGACACUAUUUGAACAUAAAACCGAAAUUUUUCAGGGGGUCACAUUGGGAUCUAUUUCUUGUAAGUCAAAUAAAAAGAUACAUAUAUCUUUGUUUACUAAAUACACUCUUAAACACACCUCGGCCAAGCUGGCCACAGUACAAUUUUUGGAAAAAUCUGAAUUUCAGUUUUUAGAGGUCAAAAAUAAAAAAAUCACAAUUUUUAGAAAACAAAAACUGAACAAUUCACAAUUUUUGUACUGUAAAAAGUUAGCGUAUAAUUUUUUAUAUUGGAAACCACGAUUUUGGCCGAGGUAUGCCCUUAAAUCUCUUUUAAAUUUUUUAAAAAUACACUUAUUUAUACUUUUUUGACACUUUCAGACAGAAGACAAAAAAAUUUUAAAAAAUUCGCAUUGGUGAGGAAUCGAACCAGGACCUCUCGGACAAUAAAAAUCCGAUUAUUUUAUGCUAAUUUGUGUGUGUGCGCGCGCAAAAAACAUGAAUUGACCGUAAAAACGUGAUUUUUUGAAGAUGAGGGACCCCGAAAAAUUUUUUUGAAAGUAGUCAAAUCUACGUAAAAAGGCACGAGGAACAUUUUGGAACCGGUUAGAAAGAGCGGAAAUGACUCCUGAGCAAUGUUUAUAUAGGGCGAAAAAAAAAUUUUUUUUAGAAAAAAUAUUCGAAAUGCAUACUCUUUUCCAUCGAAAAGAGCGUCAAAAGACGAGCAAAAUGCUUUUUUGAUCAUCGAAAAAUAUGAAUUUUAACCCUACUUACGAUAAAUUUUCGAAAAACAAUGUUCCCCUUCACCCGGUCCCACCAAAUUGCCGAAACGAUAUUAUGAUCUCUAACCUGGUGGAAAAAGUUCCCCACCCAUGGGGCUUACUAAGAAAAAAAAUUGGGCCGAUUCUGAGAUCAUGACUUUUUUGUCCGAGACUCUGUUACAAAGUUUACAUUUUUACAAAAAGUGUCUUUUAAUUUUUUGCUCCAGCUGAUCAAAGACUGACGCGUUUUGUGUAGGCAGGAGAAAAUGCGACUUUUUUUUAUUUCGCAAUAUUUUUCUAUAAAAUUGUGUACAUAUUAUUACUGUAUCUAAACUACAGUACUCUAUCGGACUUUCAAUUCACUGAAUUUCAAAGGUUUGAAAUUUCCAGAAAAAUAUUCUAUAGUGUUUUUUUCAGAUUUUUAAAGGUCAUCGGAGAAAUCCAAUGUGAGAGCAAAAAUGCUUUUUGCAAAUUUUUUUGCUGGAAUGAUUUGAGAUUUGAAACUUGAAAACAGAGCAUUCAGUAUAUUUUUCGACAAUGAAUUUAGGGUAACACAAAGACCAAAAAAUAUACGACGAUAAUUCCAUUUUUUGUAAAGAAAAGGUAGGUCCAAAAAUUUCUUGCCUAAUGUAAAUAUUAUCUUUAAAAUUUUCAGAAUUUGACCAUGUUACUUACUGUAUCUAAACUACAGUACUUCUCAAAUUCAAUUUAUAAGAAAAUAUGUUUUUUGUGCCUCAGCAUACAACCCAGUUUCGAGCAAAAUUUUAGGUAAGCUGAAUUUCUUCUCAAUUUUUUCAAUCAAUAUUUUUUUCAGAUUAUUGUUGAUCUACCUACUCAGAGCCACAAAACGGGAACAAAUUUAUGUAUUGAUGGAGAAAAAAGUUGGUUUAUUUUCAUUUAUUUUUUUAAUUUAAUGGAGCAGAUUUUUUUUCAGUUUUUCAAAUCUGUAACUUCGGAGGUGAUCCGUAUGGACGCAAAAAAGAGAAGAAAAAAAAAGUAGGUCGAAAAUUUUCUACCUAAAAAUGUUCAUAAAAUUUUUUUCAGAAUUUAAUCAGAUCUUACUGUAUCUACACUACAGUACUUCUCAAAUUCAGUUUUUCAACAAAAAGAACAACCUUUAGCGAGCCACAGAACGGGAACAAAAUGUUUGUUUUUGAGGUCAAAGUAGGUUGAAAUAAUUUUGUUCUGAAAAAAAUUAACAGGAUUUUUUUUCAGAUUUCAAAAGCCCAUGAUGGUGACGAAUUUCAUGUUCAAAAUUCAAAAUUGUACGAACAUAACAUUUAAGAAAAAGUAGGUCAGGUUCAUUUCAAGUUUUUUCGAAAAGUAGUUUGAUUUUCUACAGAAAUAUUCAACUGUAUCUACACUACAGUUCUUCGAUUGAUAUUUUACUUAUCUAAUGUGAAAAGAAGCCAAAUUGGUGAUAUCAUUGUGUAAGUUACAAUAAGCUUCAAAACACAAAUAUAAUGAUAUAUAUUUGCAGGUCCUUCAGUGAAUUACAAAAUGGGACCAAAAAUUUAGAAAAAAAAAAUACAGUAGGUUUUGGAUUUUUUUGUAGAAUAAAACUGUAUUCCUAUUUUUCAGAUCUCAGCAAAGUCAAAAAAAAAAUAA